AUGAAUAGUAGCGAUCAUCAUCAACAACAUAAAUCAGCAAUUAAAGAAGAUAUAACGGAUAUUGUUAAAGAACGAACUCAUUCAAUAUCAUCAAGUCGUCAUAGUUCAAUGUCUUCUGAUAAUUCAGCAAGUUUUAAUAAUGUUACUUUUAAUUUACAAGAUGAUAUACCUUCGGCAACAAUCAAAACACGACAAACAUCGAAAGGUUAUGUAGCCGAUACUGAAUCCUUAGAUUCUUUUGCACUAUCAACAUCUGUUGGUUCAUCAAGUGGUAUGCCAUAUCUAGAAACACAUCGUUAUUCAAUUGAUCAAUUAGCACUGAACAUGGGUUUUGGUGGUAUCAAGCCAAGUGUUAUUAAUCCAUCAAAUUCAUCUACCACUUCAAUAUCAAGUUCAGCAUCUUUAGUUAAUUCUUCAGUUUCUUCUGUUCAACCAGUGAUAGCAUCUUCAAAUUUGAAACAAGAAUUCAAAAGCAACGAUGAUAUAUUUUUAAAUCAGGAAAUAUCCAAUGAGAAAAAUGAUUCUGUAGAAGAACGUGUUAUUAUGAAAGUCGAUCCUGUUGAAAUGACUGCAAAACUUACUGUAGUUACCGUACCUAAAGAUCGUACACGAAGAGCUGCUAUAUUAUUAUCUGGACCUAAAUUUCGAUUAAAUGUUAAGGAAAUUCCAUUAGAAAAGUUACCUAUACGUAGUGAUACCAUUUUUACCAGUGCAAUGAUUGUUGGAGUCAUGUCUUUGAUAUUUGCAUUAUGGAAACCAAUAUCCCCAUAUUUUUCUGGUUUGAUCGUUGGUGUUCUAUUUGCUGCAACAUUAUUUCAUAUAUGGAUUCGAAUUUUUAUCAAUAAAAAAAUAAACGAAAAUGCUAUUGAAGAACGGAUCGAUUUUCCUGCUCUUGAAUCAUUAUUUGCAAAAUAUGACAAAGAAGAUAAAGAUACUAAUAUAAAAGUAACGGGUGCUUCAAUUGCAUUUCAACGUUAUGAAGCUGAUAAUGACGAUGAUUUUGUUCGUUAUCCAUGUGAUAUUCGUCUUGAUGGAUAUCGUCUUAUAAUUCAACUUGCAAGUAAACCUUGGAAUGAAGACAAAAAGCCUGAUAAAGAAGUGAAAUUUAUUGGUUAUCGAGAAUAUUUAAUCAAAGAAGCUCGAAUGACUGUUGUACCUGAAGCAACAUUAACACGUGCUAAAUAUUGGAUGAAUGAUUAUCCAAUUGUUAUACAACAUUUACAAAUACUUGAUAAACAAAUUUAUAAUAUACAACUAUUAGAAAAAUCUAAACUUGAUGCAAAUGAUUUUUUUACUAAUCCAGCAACAACUCUUUCUAUUUGGUUUGAAACUGGUCCACAAAAAGAAGAAUGGUUUCAUAAAUUAUCUUUAAUUUUACGUUAUGGAAAAGAAGAAAUUGAACGAACUAAUAGUCUUAUUGCAGAAGACAAUACUUCUCUUUCAUCCUCUGUCUCUAAUUCAUCAUCAUAUCGUCGUCUAGCUCAAACUGAUUCAGAUAUUGAACUUGUAUCAAAUUCAGUUAAAAAAAUCGAUAUAGAUGCAGGUUUAGUUGAAACACAAAUGAAUAUUGAAGAAUUACAAGAAAAAGCUAACAUAGUAGAAUCAGACAAUGAUGAAAUGGAUGCAAGUGGAACUCAUCGAACACGAGCAAAAAAAUCUAAGAAAAUGACACCAAAUGAAGCUUGUUUACGAAAAGUUCUUCAAUCACCUGAAUGUUUAGAUGAAACAGCAAUAACAGUUAAUUGUAUGGCUCGAAGAUUAUUACGUGAAAUGUUCGAUAGUCCAGUUUUUAAAGAUUUAAUUAAAACUAAAAUCGAAAUGAAAUUAAAAGAAAUUGCUGUAUCUAUUCUUGAAAAUCUUCGUGUUGUAUCAAUUGAUUUAGGAAAUACAUUUCCUCUUAUAUUAAAAGUUGAACCAAUGCAAUGGAAUACUCAAGGACUUUGGCUUAAUUUAUUUCUUUAUUAUCGUGGAAGUAUUAAAUUGUCAGUAAAGACACGUGUUUUACUUCAAAGAUUAAUUAAUUAUAAUCCAAAAAAAGAUAAACCAAUAUUUGCUCAAUAUCAUACAGCCCAACUUGUACAUAAAGAUGAUGAACGUAUUGAUGAAGAUGAUUUAAUUCAAAGACAAAAACUUUUAGCUAAAGAACCUGAAAUACCUGAAAUGGCAGUAACACGAAAACUUGGUCUUGCAUUAAUGAAUUUAGCAUUGAACAAAUAUUUUCAAAUGUUCGCUAAUAUUCCAUUCGUUAAGAAAUUAUUCGAAAAGUUUUCUGAAGAAGAAGUUGGUGCUAAUAUUGAAAUAACUAGUUUCAGUGGUGUUCUCACACUCAACAUUCCUCCACCACCAAGUGAUCGAAUUUGGGUUGGCUUUUCUGAAGUGCCUGUUCUUAAUAUAAAAGCAACACCUACUUAUGGAGAAAAAGACUAUUCUUAUACAUUACUUGAAGACGUUUUGGCAGCUAAAAUACGAGCUGAAAUUAAAAGGAUGGUUGUCUUACCAGCUAUGGAUGAUCAACUUCUUCCAUUCUUCCGAGAUUGGGUUAUUGAUAUUAUUGGUGAAAUUGCUUCGGAACCUAUAAAUCCACUUACAGACAAUUAUAAAGCUAAAUUAAAUGCUCAAGCUGCUGUUCGUGCAGGAUUACAAGAAUAUAGUAAUGGCAAAGAAUUUAAAAAGCAAACGUCCACAACACCAACAGUGUCUUCAGCCGAAUCAACUAAUCUAUAA